AUGAAUAGAAAAAUAUACAAGAGGAACAAGAAGGUUGUCAAGUUGCUCUCGAAGAUCGGAUUCAGAUCUCCCUACCAGAUCGUGGUGGAAGAGACCUUCAUCGAUGCAAUGAACAGAGACAUGCUGGGGUUGCGGGACAUAAAUGACCUGUUCAAGUCCCAGCCAAAGCUCUUCAUAACUAAGUGCGUCUAUAAGAAGUUCAAGGAGGCCAAGCGGAACCACAGAAAGGGCAUUUCGAAAUACCUGGAAAUACUGAACUGCAAUCACAAGGAUGUGAGGAACCCCUUGAGCUGUCUGAGAAGAGUCCUGAGGAAGUCGAACAAGAACCACUAUAUCCUCGCAAGCAACUGCCAGGAAAUCACAGACCUCAUUAAUGUGGAAAAGAAGAUUCCUGCUAUCACAUGCAGAGGAGGAACGUUGAUAAUAAAUGCAGACCUCCAGAAAGUUCCGCUGUACAGUGGAUUCAAAACAGAAGCUGACGAGAAGGAGCUCAGCCGUCUUGAGGCCUUGUUUCCCGAAGACACAUGA